UCAUCAGUCAGGUCUGUAUUUUCAGUAACACUCACAAGCUACACACGAAGUUCAGAAAGUACAACUAGAAUUUUCCAAAAUUGUCACCAUAUUUUUUUCUAAAUUUACAAACUUUUUUUUAAACCCAAACAACUAACAAUGUCGACUUUCAUAAGUCCUUAUAAAAGUACUUGCAUUUACUGUAGCGAUGAAGUGUCGGUCUGCUCUUUCCUGGGAUAUCAGUCCAGAAUCCCAGUAGACAAAUCAUUGGCCAUCUCAAGCUGUUCUAGUUCCGAAGAUUUAGGUACUGGAAAUGCCUCUUCAAAAAGGUCUUUUCCCAGCCAAGGGUCACGUCAAACGAAGAAACCCAAGAGUUCUCUAAAAGGUUCUUCCUUUAAAAAGACUGGAAAGUGUCAAAAACAACGACCGAAUUCGGCUAUGAUGAAAGCCUUACAACAGAAACAACAACUUGACAAAGAAUCGGAAAGAACUCCAGAGCCCUUUUUUAAAGCGAUUAUUUUGAGGGAGAUGAUUAGGCUGGGAAGACAACCAAAAAUAAUGACUGAAAAGACUGCAAAGAGCACUCCGACUAGUAGGAAAUACUCCUUAAAAAAGUCGUGUAAAGUUGAGAACCUGUCAGCAAAGCCUGCCGAUCAAAUGCAAAUACUGUUUGGAACUCAGGAAAAUGCUGUUGAAAAUCUAGUCAAAUCUCAAUCACUCAUCAUCAAGAUUAAUGAGGUGCCAAGGACUACUUCUUCCGAGCACGAAAUCCAGAUACAUAUUCAAGGCUUUCCGCAGCAAUUGGAAAACUUGGGUUCGGCAGAUACUGAACUUAAAUCGUCCUUAAUGGAUUUAGAUGAAGCAAUAGAUGUUGAUGAAAAAGAUGAUAGGUCGCCUGGGAUACCACCAAACUAUGUUUUGGAAGAAGCAGAUGAUGCAUCCGACGAUAUCUCUAUCUCGAGUAGUCAACGCUUUUUACAUAUGCAGUGAUAAAUGUUAGAACGAAAUUGGUUAGGAACUUUCUUAAAGCCAUGGACUAAACCACCAUCUCAUUUAAUAAAUUAAAUAAAAGAUAA